UUGUCAGCCAUUUCCUACACUGAGCCAUUGCCAGCGUCUCUGCACAACACAGGACGCCCCGUCUGGCCUUAGCUUCAUCUACCCGGGCUUGGCAAACAGCAACGGACCCUGCACGUACGGUACCCGGGUGGAUGAGAGACCGUCUAGAGGGUCGGUCAGCACCCACUAGACCUCUGGAAGGCGCUUGGCCCCGCAGCACAGAAGCGGCACAAGUCACAGGCAGACAUGGCUUUGAAGAUUGUCAAAGGGAGCAUCGAUCGGAUGUUCGAUAAAAAUCUACAGGAUUUAGUACGUGGCAUUAGGAACCACAAGGAAGAUGAGGCCAAGUACAUCUCCACAUGCAUCGAUGAGAUCAAACAGGAACUCAAGCAGGACAACAUUGCUGUCAAAGCCAAUGCUGUGUGCAAGCUCACCUACCUUCAGAUGCUGGGCUAUGAUGUCAGCUGGGCCGCUUUCAACAUCGUUGAAGUCAUGAGCUCCUCCAAGUUCACAUUCAAGAGGAUUGGCUACCUGGCGGCCUCGCAGUGCUUUCACGAGAGCACCGAUGUCAUCAUGCUGACAACCAAUCAGAUCCGAAAGGAUCUCAGCAGUCCCAACCAGUAUGACACAGGUGUUGCCCUCACUGGCCUCUCUUGUUUUGUGACCCCUGACUUGGCGCGGGACCUGGCUAACGACAUCAUGACACUGAUGUCCCACACUAAACCCUACAUCAGAAAGAAAGCGGUGUUGAUCAUGUACAAGGUGUUUCUGAAAUACCCAGAGUCCCUGCGACCUGCUUUCCCCAGGCUCAAGGAGAAACUGGAGGACCCAGACCCAGGUGUUCAGUCCGCAGCAGUAAAUGUUAUCUGUGAGCUGGCUCGGAGAAAUCCCAAGAACUACCUGUCUCUGGCCCCACUCUUCUUCAAACUCAUGACUUCCUCUACUAAUAACUGGGUUCUCAUUAAGAUCAUCAAGCUGUUCGGUGCACUCACACCACUGGAGCCAAGGUUGGGGAAGAAGCUGAUCGAACCUCUGACAAACUUAAUCCACAGUACCUCUGCCAUGUCUCUGCUGUAUGAAUGUGUCAACACUGUGAUUGCAGUGUUGAUUUCCUUGUCCUCUGGGAUGCCUAACCACAGUGCUAGUAUCCAGCUCUGUGUGCAGAAACUGCGAAUCCUGAUAGAAGACUCGGACCAGAACUUGAAGUACCUGGGCCUGCUGGCCAUGUCAAAGAUCCUGAAGACCCAUCCCAAGUCAGUGCAGUCUCAUAAGGACCUCAUCCUCCAGUGUCUGGAUGACAAGGAUGAGUCCAUUCGCCUGAGAGCUCUGGACCUGCUCUAUGGCAUGGUAUCCAAGAAGAACUUGAUGGAGAUUGUAAAGAAGCUGAUGCUGCAUGUGGACAAAGCAGAAGGAACCACCUACAGAGAUGAACUGCUCACUAAGAUCAUCGACAUCUGCAGCCAGAGCAACUACCAGUACAUUACCAACUUUGAAUGGUACAUCAGUAUCCUGGUGGAGCUGACCCGAUUAGAGGGCACACGGCAUGGCCACCUCAUUGCCUCUCAGAUGCUGGAUGUGGCUAUUCGGGUCAAAGCCAUCCGGGUCUUUGCUGUUGCCCAGAUGGCCACUCUGCUGGACAACGCCCACCUGUUGACCGGCAACGUGCAGCGAAAGGGCAUCUGUGAAGUGUUGUACGCCGCCGCCUGGAUCUGCGGUGAAUUCUCAGAACACUUGGACAACCCGACGCAGACGCUAGAGGCUAUGCUGCGGCCUAAGGUGGCCACCCUACCGGGCCACAUCCAGGCAGUGUAUGUGCAAAACGCAGCAAAGCUGUUUGCCACCGUGCUGAAGAGCCAGGAGGGGAACACGGACAGCACUGCAGCGCAGGAAACCAUCCAGCUGAUGAUAGACAGGCUUCCGCUGUUUGUCCAGAGUGCCAACCUGGAGGUCCAGGAGAGGGCAUCUUGUAUCCUGCAGCUGGUCAAGUACAUCCAGAAACUGCAACAGAAGGACGUAGAAAUAGCGGAGGAAGUCAUCGCUCUGUUUGCUGGAGAACUCAACCCUGUUGCCCCCAAGGCACAGAAGAAAGUGCCUGUUCCUGAAGGUCUGGACUUGGAUGCCUGGAUCAACGAGCCUCCAUCUGAAAGCGAGUCUGAGGAUGAGCAGCCCAGGGCUAUUUUUGCCAAGGAGGAGCCCAAACACUCCCGCCCCCGUCACACCGAGGUGGACGAGAAGGAACUGGCGAAGAGGAGAGAAGCCAGAAAGCAGGAGCAAGCCAGCAACCCGUUCUACAUCAAGUCCUCCCCAUCCUCUCAGAAGGUGUACCAGGAGGCCCCUGGAGUGGAGCACAUCCCUGUCGUGCAGAUUGACCUCAGUGUGCCUCUUAAAGUCCCAGUCUUCGGUCCCACAGGUCUGCCUAUGUCUGACCAGUACGUGAAACUGGAGGAGGAGCGUCGGCAGAAAGACAGAGCAGAAAAGAAGAAGAAGGAGAAGAAGAAGAGGAAAGAAAAGCGCAGCGGGCGAGGGAAGAGACAUGAUUCAGGCCCAGAGAGUGAGGAGGACAUCACGCCUGCACACAUGGUCGACAUUGUUACCGAGGAGAUGCCAGAGAAUGCCUUACCCAGUGAUGAUGAUGACAAAGAUCCCAAUGACCCUCAUAAAGCCCUGGACAUCGACCUGGACAACUUGAUGGAGAUGGCUGGGCGCAGGCCACUUGCCGACAGCGAGAAGCUGCCAGUCAGGUCACACCGUGCAACAGAGGUUCUCAAAAGCCCAGCUCAAGAUGGAGACGCAGAGAGCGCCGCUUCACAGGAGCCCAAGAAGAAGAGCAGCAAAGAAAAGAGAGAGAAGAAGAAGGAUAAAGACAGGGACAGGAAGAAGAGCAAAGAAGACAAGAAGAAGAAGAAGAAACACAAACAUGAAGAAAAGGGGGAGGAUCUUCUUGGAGGUCAGGCAGACGAGCCUGUGGUCCAAUCAGAAGAAACCAGUGAGGUGGCUGCACCGCCCACCUCUACCACUGCUGAGGUUUCGGAUCUGGAUUUCUGGCUCUCAAACGCUCCAGUGCCCUCUAACACCCAGGAAGCAGCAACAGUAGUAGCAGCAGCAGAAGCAGCCCCCGUGCCUGAGGUUGCCUCUGGCACGGUGCCAGACUCCGAGCCUGAUGAGCCCAAAGACACCGAGACGGAGGAGACUAAGUCUUCCAAACACAAGAAGAAGAAGCCAAAAAAGGAGAAGGAAGAGAAGGAGAAGAAAAAGAAGAAGAAGCAUCAUCACCAUCAUCACCACAGUGACGGAGGUGGAGAGGAGUCUGUGCAGAAUGGCACUGUGGAGGAGGAAGAGCCUCUGCCGCCCAUGUCCAAUUACUGCCUGCUGGCGGAGAACUCCUACAUCAAGAUGAUGAUGGAGGAUGCUGAUCAGGUUAACGACAUCCAGGGGAACCUGCAGGAUGGCAGUCAGGUGGUGGUGUCUGUUAUAUUUGAGAACAAGUGUGACAGCUUCCUCAAAUCCAUGGAGUUCAACGUCCUGGACUCUCUCAACUCCAAACUGCAGAGGCCAGAGGGGUCGGGUCCACAUGACGGCCUCACUGUCCCCUUCCAACUUCCACCUGGGGUGUCCAAUGAGGCGCGAUUUGUUUUCACCAUGCAGAGCAUCAUAAUGCCACAGAAACUGAAGGGAACCCUCACCUUCAUAGUAAAGAAUGAGGACUCCUCCACUCAUGAGAAACUGGACUUCAAACUGCACUUUACCUGCACCUCCUACCUAAUCACUACUCCCUGCUACAGUGAUGCGUUUGCAAAGCUGCUUGAGUCGGGCGACCUGAAGUGCAGCUCUGUCAAACUGGAGGGAGUCGUCAUGCCCUUCCACCACCUACUGGCCAGGAUCUGCUUCCGCCACCAUUUCUCUGUUGUGGAGAGGAUCGACUCCUGUGCCUCAAUGUACAGCAGGUCUAUCCAGGAUCACCAUGUCUGUCUGCUGGUCAAAACUUCCGGUCAGACAGUGUCCAUUGACGCUAAAUGUGACGAGCCGACCCUGCUUGGGAAUGUGCUGGAUGAGAUCAAGCAGACCUUCUCUCAGUGCUGAUUGUGUCCGACAGCCCCAGGGUGCCCCUGCCCCCUUCAUGCCACCCCCCUCCCUCGCUGAAACACAACAUAAUCAUGUUACGAAAACACUGCGGCUGGCACCUCCAGUAUCGCCCUAUUUAUUAGUCCUCAGAUUCUCAAGAUUUCAAUCCCCUUACCUUCUUCUUCAGUGUCCCACACUUUGUUCCGCUGCACUCUGAACUCUGUGAUCACUCCCUGACACUUGGUGUUGUUUUACAGACUCACUGUGUGUACAUGUGCCGUCUUCUCUUUUCCAUGCACUUUCAUCUUUACUUCCUGGUUUUCAAACCCCCAACAGCCACCCUGUUCCUCCCUGACUCUGACUCUAUACUGAGCUCCUGUUUCUGGAUGCCCUGCAUCCUCUGCUCUUUCCUGUGUACCUCUCUCCACCCUCCACUCUGUCGGCAAUUCAGUCUGUGACAGUCAUGUAAUGUAAUGUUGACAACUGAACUUUUGCUGUUGAUGGUUGAAUUGUGAUUUUACUGUUUUGAAGGUUUUGUCUUUGGUUUGUUUUUGUUGUUUUGUCUUCAUUUUUUAUUUUUUUUUCUUCUUUUUUUGUGGUAUGAAACCUCUCUGCGCCUUUUUGUCUCACGCCCUUCUUUCUGCCCACUAAACAUCAGUGUGCGUGCUGCUCAACUUUGUAGGCCUGGAAAAAAACAUGCGACUGACUCUUUCUCAGACUGGUCCUAACUGGAACAAUGGGGACUCUCACUUGCUCACCCACCACUGACCUUGUGCCUGGAGAACACCAGACACUGUGUGAACAGCAGAGAUGAAACCACAUAGAAGGCAUGGGUUUUAAACUUCGUUCAGUACAGUAGAUCGGUGGUUUUGCUCUGUGCCUUAGCUGUGCAGUCUGACCUACUCCAGCGCUUUGUGAGUCUUGUAGAGCCCCACCUCCCUCCCCAGUAUAUCUGCUCCCAGAUCAACUGUGCUAAACUGCAGUUUGACCCCCCCACCCCAAACUCUGUGAUCAAUUGUGCUAAGCUGCAGUUACACCCCCCCCCCCUUUCCAACAUAUCAUUCCUUUCACAAAUCAAAGAUUAAUUUGAAGGCAGAGGAGUAUACAAAUGAUUGAAAACUCCAGAGUAGAAGUGUACAGUGUAAUGUGAGAUUUCUAUUUCACCACAAGACAGGCCACUGCCACCUUUUAUCAGCUUCCUCUUUAACUCACAGAUAUGUUAUAGUUGUAUGGAAGAUGUUAAAUUACUGUAAUACACAGAAGGAUACUGUUAUUUCUAUGAAACCUCUAUGGUGCUGAGGCCCCUCAAUUGUGUCACCAUGUGGUCAAGUUAAUGACAGAAUAAUCUGGCAUUAAGAGAGCUGCCCAUGUUACAUCACUGUCCUAACUCAUUUCUCUGGAAAGUCAAAUAUGACUGGCUAGGGGAUGACAAAGUUACACUAUCAACCCCCAGUCUUUACUUUUAAAAACCUUCAGGUUGCAAGUUGUUGUCUCUGUAAGCAGAGACUGUGAAGUGGUCAGUGGUUUUAGGUUCCCUUUCAAUCAGUGUUCGGCAAUGUUGCUUCCAAUGUAGGGAAGCCGCCACAGUGUCAACAGCAAAGAGCAGUUUUGUCGGUCUUCGUGUGAAAUCAUUUGAGACAUUUACACCUGUGCCACUUUGAUGUUUGCAUCACAGUAGCUGCACCCAGGUUGGCUGACACCCAGUUGGCAUGUACCCAGAUAAACCCCAAUGUUUCUUUUCCUUUUAGUAACUGCCUUGCCACUUUCUUGUACAUUGACAUGUUAUGAUAACAAUGAAUGGACUUUUUUUUUUUUUUUUUUAAAGAAAUUGCUGUCUCUUGGAACUUUCUCAGAGGUACUUGAUGUUUUAGUUUGUCAUUCAUGUCUGAAAUCACUACCUGGUCCAGCACGACUUAACCUUGUAGAAGCAAGAUAAAAACUGACUUGGUAGCGUCUCUAAUCAUAAAUACUGGUAAGGCCCUCAUCAUGUCUGUCUGCUAUUGUAGAUAACGACUAUGGUAAUGGUGUCUGUGACCUGAAGAUCAGGUCAGCCAUUCUACAAGAUCUUCUGUCCAGCAGUAGAGCCUGAAUACAGAAAGGAUCUGCUGUAUUCCAGGAAUGGCGAUAAAAAAUAAGUGUGUCUGUAAUCCCUGUUCCUGAUAUAAGACGAACUGGAAGAAAAAAAAAAAACUCCCCUAAUCAUACAUUGUCCUGAUUCUGAUCAUUUUACUGUGCAUAUUUGAUUAAAAUUUGUAUAUUGCAUGAUUAGGAAUGUACACUUUUUAUUUCCCUUUUAGUUCUGUUCCAUUGACAUGCUUACACAAAGAAAAACUUGUCAUUCCAUUUUGUCCUUUUUCUUUAAAGUUUUUUUUUAUGAAGUUUACUUGAUCAUUCUCUAUUUUUGAUGGUAUUGUGUUUUUAUCUAUUCUAAGUUCAGACAAAUAAAAAAGUGAUAUCAUUGAAUGUUUUAAAUUAUUAAACACAGGGGAAGGGAGGGGGUUAUAUUCAGUGUCAUGACAGUGAGGGCAUGGGGCUCUGAAUAAUAAGUUGAGUAGAACAGAUCACGUGAAGCAGUGUACUGAGAGGCAACCCGCUCUGUCUUAAUUCUCUAUUGGUUCAGUUGUAGUGAGUUAUUUUACCAAGUUUGGCUUGUAACAUUUAAAUAUACUCUCGUAUGACUGACUUUGGAAAGUCCUGUCUUUUUAUUUCUCCAUAUUCCAUUAUCAGGCUGUACAAUGUAAAAUGUUUUAAAGGGUACAACACAAAUGAUCUACAUUCCCUUUAAAGAAAGUCCACCCAGAUUAAAAAUAAAGGCUGUAAGAAGUU